CAGACAUCAGAAAUCAACUCAGUGGCAUGCUUCUUACUUCUCUGACUGUGAACGCUGAAACACCUGAAAACAUAUUUUAAAGAAGUAUUUGGGGAAACAUUACAGAAUAAAUAUGAUAAACAUGACAGACACUUUGGCUACCUGGCUGUCAACAGUGACUCCAACAGACGAAUUAGAAACUAACAGCGGCAGUGGUUCUGGUUAUGAAGAUUAUGAUGACACCAUGUGUGACAAGAGCAUGGUGCGACGUUUCCGCACGUUCUAUGAACCACCUUUGUACUUGCUCAUCGUUGUCCUGGGCUUCGCAGGGAACCUGCUGGUUCUCUGGAUCUACAAGCACUUCAAGAAUCGCCUGAAGACCAUGACAGAUGUGUACCUGCUGAACCUAGCCUUGGCUGACCUGUUCUUCUUGUGUACGCUUCCCUUAUGGGCGGUGGAUGCCAUGAAAGGCUGGUAUUUCGGGACUUUUCUGUGCAAGACCACGUCGGCAUUGUACAAGAUCAACUUGUUCAGCAGCAUGUUUCUGCUGACCUGCAUCAGCGUGGACCGGUACAUCUCAAUCGUGGAGACCACCAAGGCACAGAACUCCAAGGAGCUGCGUCUGGCCUGGAGCAAAGUGGUGUGCUUGGGUGUCUGGCUCCUGUCCAUCAUCCUGUCCAUUCCAGAGUUCCUCUUCGCCCGAUCCAAAGAGGACGCAGAGGGCAAUCGUUAUUGCACCAUGGUCUACUGGGACAAUGAAAACAACAAGACAAAGAUCCUGGUCCUGGCUCUCCAGAUCUGCAUGGGCUUCUGCAUUCCACUCGUAAUCAUGAUCUACUGCUACUCUGUCAUCAUUAAAACCUUGCUCAAGGCCAAGAACUUUGAGAAGCACAAAGCACUGCGUGUCAUCCUGGCAGUGGUCACAGUGUUUAUCCUCUCUCAGCUUCCUUACAAUAGCAUGCUGGUGGUGGAGGUGACACAGGCAGCGAACACCACCAUCACAAACUGCGCCGAGGCCCAGAGCUUUGACAUCGCCACUCAGGUCAUGAAGAGCAUAGCUUACAUGCACAGCUGCCUCAACCCAUUCCUGUACGCCUUCAUCGGGGUGCGGUUCCGAAAAGAUUUGAAAAGACUGUACAAGAAGUAUGGCUGCACAACAUCCCAAUCAGGCAAAUAUGGAGCUCCACCUCGUCCUUCCAUCAUGUCAGAUACAGAUAGCACCAUGGCCUUCUCGCUGUAACCUCAGCCUGGGGGCAGAAACAAUCCAUGACAUGAGGAAUGAGUUCUUAACAUGUUGACAGAACUUUCAGAAAUCUAUGAGAGACAGAUUUCUUCUAAGAGGGCGUGCACACACUUUGCCUCAGGUGAAUGAAACAUCUUUCUCUAUCUGUCCGUGAAAAUCUGAGGCCAGUGAAAAGAGCUGUGUAUGUGUACGAGGCAGAGAAUAAGAAAUAAUUAUGUACAAUUAUUGACAUAUGUUGUACCAAAGAACGCUGUUCUCUCCUCCCUUCAAAGCUAUGUAAAUAACAUUUAAGUGAUAUGUAUGACUUUAUGAUUAUGAUAUGAAGGACUGAUUAUUUUUUAUGUUGGUCUCCAUGUAUGUCUCAUUUGUGUGUUGCAAGCAUUUUUCUAUACCGUUAUAAUAUUAUAUGUACUGCAAAACUGAGCAAAUGUGUAUAUGUGUAUAUAUUUUUUUGUGUAUUAAGAUUAAAUUACAGUUUAAUUUAA